AUGGCAGACGCGGCGAGAAAGGUGUUGGAAGAUGCUCUGUCAGGCAAGAAGGACCUUUUGAACAAGUGGGACGCGGCGAUCACGCAGCGAGCGAGAAAGGCGUUGGAAGAUGCUUUAUCGGGAAAGAAGGACCUUUUGAAUAAGUGGGACGCGGAGAUUAAGAAGCGUGAGGAGGGCGGCGGGGGAGGGGAGGGCCGGGGGAGGGGCUGGGGGGGAGGUGGAGGAGGUGGGGGAGGGGAUGGGGAUGGCGUGAGCGGCGGUGGGGAUGAGCGGUGGGAGGAGACGAAGCAGGUUCUGUUUGCGAUCGGCGGCAUGCUUGGCAUUGGCCUUCGAAUUGUGGCCUUCCUAGUCAACUGCAUUCUCUUCGUGCUUCGGGGCUUUAAGGGGCCGCGCUCGCAGCAGCAGGAGAUCUACACCCCCCGUGCCGCCACUGCUGGUGCUGCUGCGGACGGUGGGGAUGUGGGCGAUGCGGGGAAGAGAGAGGAGAGCGUGCGGCAGAAGUGGGGAGGGGAUGAAUGA